AUGGAUCUCCAAGGCACUCCCAUUGCUCCCGGCCCCCGCAGCACCAAGGUCACCACCGAUCCCCUUGCCACUCAACAGCCCAUCGAAGAGCCCUCAGGCCCUGUCCCUACCGGCUCUCUCGCAGCCGAGUCAGUUCGCCAGGGCGGUGCAUUCAGUGAAAACCGUGGCGCUCAGCCAGAGGAUAUCUCUGCCUCUCAACUUAAGAACACCAACUCCGCCUCCUCAACCCUCCCCUCCGCGCCUGUCGGUGGUCUCCGUGAGAACCGCCAGGCUCAGGAGAAAUACCCCGAAGCUCUGGGCGGCCAAGGAAACUUCUCAGGCGCUCACUCUAACAACGGCUAUGCCGGCGGUCCCACUGGUACCAAGCAGGAGAUGGGCAUGAACUCUGGUAACCAGGCUCAUGCUAGCGGUAACCAGGCUCGUGCUAGCGGUAGCAGCCAGCACUAUGGUGGUCAGGCCCCCUCCUACGUCGCCGACGUGACGGACGGAUACCAGCACUCCAAGCCUGACGGCCGGAACAUCCACGAGGGUGGAUUCUCGUCUGAUGAUAAGAAUGCUAGCUUUGAUUCUGAGAUUGGCUCGGAUCAGGACCCUGCUCGUGCUGCUAUUAAUAAGUUCCAGCGUACCAACGCUAAGAGCGCACCCGAUGCUGGUGUUCCUCGUCAGAAGGGCGUGAACACUGAUACUCCAUACGAUGUUUUGGAGACUGAUCAGCGUGCUUAA